UAGUAUGAUGGCGUGGAGAUUUCGACCAAUCAGAUUAGCCGCUGAGGGCGGAACCAACUUGUUGAUGAUUGCGUUGGGUCGACCUUCACUGCGCAUGCGCAGCCCCGGUGACGAAGAUGGUGCUCAUCAAGGAAUACCGUGUUGUGUUGCCGGUCUCUGUGGAAGAGUAUCAAGUGGGGCAGCUUUUCUCGGUGGCCGAGGCCAGCAAGAACGAGACCGGAGGAGGAGAAGGCAUCGAAGUGCUCAAAAAUGAGCCCUACGAGAAGGAAGGGGAGAAGGGACAGUACACACACAAAAUAUACCAUCUAAAGAGUAAAGUCCCGGGGUACGUAAAGAUGAUCGCGCCCGAGGGAGCCCUAGUUUUUCAUGAAAAGGCCUGGAACGCGUAUCCGUACUGUCGCACCAUUGUGACGAACGAGUACAUGAAGGACGACUUCAUGAUAAAGAUCGAGACGUGGCACAAACCGGACAUGGGGACAAUAGAAAACGUGCACGACCUGGACGAGCAGACGUGGAGGACUGUGGAGGUGGUUCCUAUAGACAUCGCCAGCAAAGAGGAAGUGGCUCCUGGGGACUACAAACCAGAGGAGGAUCCGGCUCUUUUCCAGUCGAGCAAGACGGGCAGAGGUCCGCUCGGUCCUGAGUGGAAGAACGAGCUGAAGACGGACUGCCCGUACAUGUGUGCGUACAAGCUGGUGACGGUCAAGUUCAGGUGGUGGGGGCUGCAGACCAAAGUGGAGAACUUCAUCCACAGGCAAGAGAAGCGGAUUUUCACCAACUUCCACCGUCAGCUCUUCUGCUGGAUCGACAGAUGGGUGGGUCUGACCAUGGAGGACAUCCGGCGGAUGGAGGAGGAGACCCAGAAGGAGCUGGAGGAGAUGCGUCAGAAAGGUGACGUGCGAGGCACCUCUGCGACGGACGAGUAGAGCCCGCCGCUGUAGCUUCACACUAGAGGCAGGCUGACUGCGGAAAACAGGUCCGAUCCGAGGCACCAGUGCUGCUCACGAGCAAUGAGGCAAAAUCAACCAACCCCCCGCCCCCGCCAUGAUGACGUCAUCAGAGACACGCCCACCACGCCGAGGAGGAUGUGCCCCACCACCUCUUCUCCUGUCUCACAUGAUUCAUCGUGGGGGGGUUAUUGAUGUGAUUGGUUACCAGUACUGUACAGACCCCCCCUCCCCCCGGAUCAUGAUCCUCCUGUUCUCCCCGAAAACAGAAAAUUAAUUUUUGCAAACAGAAGAAACUCUUUGCACAGACUGAUUGCCUGACAUGUAAUUUAGUGAAUUAUUCCAGUGGGCUUGGGUUUUUUCUGGGGGGGUUAAGCCGUGACUGAGGACGUCGAGCCUUUUAAAUUAGAAUGUUGUUUUUAGCGACUCGGUUCCCGGAUGACUGGACCGGGGCGGGUCGGCGGCCGCGGCGCCCCGCCCCGCCCCCCUCCGCCACAGUCUGAUUUCACGGUUCUGUCAUUUUUACGGUUCAGAGCUCAUGCAUGGUCAUUGUUUGCCCCCCCCACACACAUACACUAGCCCUCCCCACCCGAAGUGUGCAUGUGGACAACAGACCCCCCCUCACCGUCCUGGCAUGUGAAAGCAGCUCAGAUGCAGCUUUGAGCUGACGGGCGCCCCCUGCAGGACAGUCUGUGUUCCUCCACCUCCGUUUCAGCGUUUGCCUUCACUCUUAGGGCUGGGGAGGGCCGCCUCAUGCUGUCGCUGCAUGGCCUUCCUUUCUAGGGCUUUAGAGGACGCCGCGCCUUGGAGGCCGCCGGUCUCUGCAUGAUUCAAAGUUUGGUUUAUUUUUCCAUCGCGGACAGAAAAGGGUCCGGCAGAUCCGCCACGAUCGAACCACCAGAAGCUGCGCGGCCGCUCUGAGUUUUUGCAGACGGCCGCCAGUCCAGCAGGAAGUCCGUCGGUUUCCAGUCGGCUGCUCCGAUCAGCCGUCUCUGUUCCAGCUGGUCAGCUGCGGGUGUUUUUGUAGUGCCGUGAGUCUUUUUUGAUCAGGGUGUGUCCAGGUUUUUUAGGUUUUGUAUGGUUUUCUGUGAGAGCUAUCCGUGCGUGUGCUUUAUACUAGACCCAUGUUCAAACUGUACAUAGAAGCUGCAGUGGGAGUCCAGAGCCAUCGGGCGCGGCGGCGGAUCCCGUCCUGCCGCCACGCCUCCAGGGUGGGGGGGUCAGCCCUGCAAACCGUACCUCACUCAUGCUUAUGAAUGUGCAGCUUCACGGACGAGCGAGCGGCGGCGGCGGACGGGCCGGGACCGCCACCGGUCACACUCGGGGGACGGAAACGGCUAGAUGCGCAUGCGGACGUUUGGUUUUUGCGUUCUUCUCCCGGCGUCUCGGAGCGGUGCUUUUUCAGAAACUGCCUCAGACGGGGAAAAGGCGAACAGACGGGCCUCGCCUCACCUCCACGCUCGCUUCAGCCCGACCUCAGAUCAGCAGGCGAGGAGUGAAAGGCCCGAGCGCGCGUGAAGGUGAUGGGAGUCGCCCCCUGCAGCAGGUCAGGCGGCGCCUCGUGCAGUCUGACUCUGGCGGGAAAAGAUGGAGUCCAAAAUACUGUUUUUCUUAUUGUAAUCUGAAUACGCACUUGCAGAAUCUACUGUUUAUCUUUUAUGUUCUCUCUUGUUUUUGAAAGACAAAGAUUCACAUUGUACAAAAAAUUCUCUUUCUAAUGAGGCAAAAUCAGGGGAUUGGUAGUGAAUGUAAAACAUUAGUUCUUUUUUCUUUCUCAUGGCUUUUACGCUGUGACUGAAGGUUUAGACCAUGGAACAUAACAGAAUAUCUAAUAAAUUUGAACAAAUAAGACGA